UAUUCUUUAAUACUAGUCGCUUUUUACCAUUCGUUAUCCAACCAUCUGUACCGUACUAUUUUACUCUCUUGAAAUCCGUUUCAGAACUUUCUUAGUUGGGCAAAAUCUCUUAGGGGGUCGGCGCAAAACUCAUGACACUACUGUUCGUGAUAGGACUGAAAAGGGGGGAAGUGAAUUUUGAUUCAUUGUCUCCACUGUCUGUCUCAGUAAAUCGUCGUCUAACAUGGGCCUUCAUUGCCUUCAUGUUUUCUGAAUGUUCUUUCGGUUUAUUCCUCGGGGGUUUCCAGUUACUUGCAUCACUCUCCAUCUGUUUGUUGUCCAGUCCCAUACAUGACCGGUGGGUUCAUCUGUCCAUUUUAUAUACACCCUUCACAUCGUUGAAGCGGCGCUACUGUUAUUUUUCGUUUGGUCGUUUGUUGGCAUGGCAGCAUGACGGUCGACGGCACACGGCAGAGCCCCUGGCGCGGAUUCCUGUACGAUGGAUGUAUGGAUGGCCAAGGUGGACUGGAGUGGUCUGUUUUGGUAUUCGGAAAUCCUAGCAGGGCGAUGCAGCAGACAUGGUGGACGUGUCACGGAGCAAAGAAAAGGCUGACGGAUCUCGACUCAUAUACCCUACGCCUCGGAAGUGGCAUAUUCGAGGUUAAUGUUGUUGAUUAAUUUGUAUCGUUAGUACUCGUAGGUAUCACCAGCACCUACUGUUUAGUAGUAUCUUGGCGAUUGUACCUGUUCUCUCGGGCCGGGGAGAUGGCAAGCUUGGGGAAGUU